UUUGCCAUUCAGUUGCUUUCUUAUUUGUGUAUCCAGUACGCUCUGCCAAAAUCUCUUAGUGUUGCACGCUUGGCUAUCAAUGUCAUGGGGACGCUGCUGACAGUCCUAACCCAGGCCAAGCGGUUCACCUUCUUCAUGCCGACCUUGCCCUGUUUGGUUUCCUUCUGCCAAGCCUUUCCUCCACUUUACGAGGAUAUCGUCUCUCUGCUCAUCCAGAUCGGGCAAGUGUGCGCCUCAGACGUCGCCACGGUGACGAGAGAUUUUGACCCAAUCAUUACACGUCUCCAGCAGCUGAAGGAAAAGCCGAGUGAGCGGGCGAGACUUCUGAAGGAGCCGGCUUGUAAAACUGAAGCAAGGGACAGUGGCAGCCUGGACCCCAACAUGCAGCUCUGUCACUGCGUUGAGAGCACUUUCAUUGACAUCAUCAACAUGAGCGUGGGCGGAGUUUAAGCAAAGCACAAACGGAAGGAUCCCCACCAAGUUCUGAGACGCGCUGUCGCUUCUUCUUGGCGAAAAGUGGACCAGAGUGAAACUAAGAAUGGGAUGGGAACGUGCAGCAUCUUUUCAGUCCGUCUGUUCGGACUGAACGCCGACAUGUCUGAGAGGGUCAGACAUUUGCUUCAAAAGUAAUCGUCGCCACUCCUGGCAAAUAAAGUCAGAGAGGCUGGCAGGAAAAGCAGGGAAUACCUUUUGUUCACAAGUCUGUUCUCUGAGAGGAAAGAAUCAGCGCAAGAGGGACAUUUUCCAGGGGUGAUGUAGACUUUUAGAGACUCCUUGACUUUCUCCCUUGCCCUGUGAUGCUUGGAACUUGGUGAGAGGAGGAAAGGGAAAACGGGGUCCGUGUUGGCUCCUCUUUUCUCUCGAAGCAGAUUACGAGGUGGUUGGCUAUGUCAACUAAGUUCUUCUGAGAUGCCAGCCAUCGAUGCGGCUGGAAUGUGGUCACCGCUUGACCCGUUGCCUGGAUCUGGCAUGCAGGUUUCACGUUGCCGAUCCCUUAUGUGUGGAAACCUCUGAUAGUCAGAUUUCUGCUCUAGUUUUACUAACUUUUUUGACUGAAUAGGUGACAUUCUGAAAGAGGUGGGUUUUUUUUUGGUAAACCAGUCCGACUUUUAAAAUGUUUAUAUUUGUAAUCUUUUUUGUAACGCAGAUGACUGAUGCAAAACUAAGUUUGCCGGUUGCUCUGGGCCCUUGUGCUUCGGUUUACAUGCUCAUGUUGGAGGAAAAACCGUAAAACUCAUUCUGAGAAUGUUGGUGUGGAUUUUUCCGAUAUACAUGUUGAGACGCCAAUACUUGAAUGGCCAUGCACAGUCACCAAAAAUACCCAAAGGGAAGCCUGUUGCUUUGCUUUCAUAGCCGAACAUUACCAAUAAUGUUUAUACAGUUCCAUUGACUCAAGAUAAUCCAUUAAAAAAAACAACCACAGGUUUACAGUAAGUGAUUAAUGAGAAUGGCAGUGUACCCUUGAAAGAUGCUAGAC